AUGACCAAAGACGAUUCUAAAAACCCACCACAAGUUCCUGAUGGAUGGGUGGCCAAAUUUGACGAAGAGUAUUCUACAUGGUAUUAUGUCGACUUGAAGACAAAGAAAUCCCAAUGGGAUGCUCCAGCUGGAACAAGAUUUGAUAGCAAAUCUGCUGGUGACGACGUUCCGCCACCAGCUUAUAGUCCCACAGAAUUCAAAUCAAGGUCUAAUGCCCCAAGCGGUAAUCAACCACGUCCGGCAGCUUCAAAUCCAAAUACACAAAGAGAUUACCAACAAGGGCCUCCACAAGGUCAAUAUUACCAACAAGGGCCGCCACAAGGUCAAUAUUAUCAACAAGGCCCCCCACAGGGUCAGUAUUACCAGCAAGGUCCACCACAGGGUCAGUAUUACCAACAAGGUCCACCACAGGGUCAGUAUUACCAACAAGGCCCACCACCAGGACAAUAUUAUCAACAAGGACCACCACAAGGUCAAUAUUACCAGCAGCAACAACAACAACAACCACAAAAACAAAGUCGAUUUGGUGGUGGUGCUGGGAGCAUGGCAUUAGGUGUUGGUGGUGGUUUGUUAGGAGGUAUGCUAUUGGGAAAUGCUAUCAAUAGUUGGGAAGAUCAUGAGAGAAUGGAGGGUUACCAAGAUGGUUAUCAAGAUGGUUAUGAUAAUGGUGGUGACUACGAUGGUGGUGACUUUGGCGGCGGAGACUUCUAG